AUGUGGCUUCCUUGCAGAAACCUACUGAAGAAAAGCGCAGAAGUUGCACAAGUGGAUGCGGUCAUUGAAAUAGUGGAAUCUCAGAAUUUGUCGUUAGAGGAAGUUGAGAUUGAUUUUCUCGCAAAAAUUAAGAAAAUGCUAUUCAACUUAUGGCGUAACGUUGUUGGGACUAGAACACUUAACGAAGAUAAUGUAACACAAAAUAGUCCUGGAGAUCGAACCAAACGAGUCAGAUUAUAUCACGUUUGGCCAGGAAAGAAUGUAUUUUUCCUAAAAGGGUUACUGAUAUGUGGGCCGGAUCCAAGAAGGUUGCUAUUAACAAUAGUCUCUAUUAGUCUAUCAAGUUUGGUUUUUUCUGUUUAUGUUGCAAAGGAUAUAAAAUAUUCCAGCAUCAUAGUCAGUUUCUGUUUGCUAUUGACCUUAAUUGUUUUUGCUAACUUAAUAAUUGUUAGUGUCAUUGAUCCUGGAAUUAUCCCAAGAAACGAUGAAUUACCAUCACCUGAAUCGACCAAAAAUGGCAGAAUUAGAAGCAAAAGAGUAAUUAUUGAUGGUUUGGAACUGAAAUUGAAAUAUUGCCGUAGUUGUAACAUAUAUCGUCCGCCUAGGAGCUGCCAUUGCGUUGUGUGUGACAAUUGUGUCGAGAAAUUUGACCAUCAUUGCCCUUGGAUUGGUCAAUGCAUUGGACUGAGGAAUUAUCGACUUUAUGUGUUGCUAUUGGUUAUGGCAACUAUUUACUUCGUGUAUAUAUUUGCCUUCGCAUGCCUAAGAAUGCAUCAUCAAAAGAAUGUUGGCAAUGGCAUGGGGUUGAUUGGUUUGGUGCGAGAUUGCCCAGAGACACUGGUAUUGGCAUGUUUCAGUUUUGCUUCUUCGUGUUUUGUUAGUGGCUUGACUUGUUAUCAUGUCUAUCUGAUUGCUACAAAUCAGACAGCUUAUGAGAAUUUUAGGCAGCUGUACGGAAGCACUAAAAUUCCAUUUGACAAAGGAGUUGUGAAUAAUAUUAAGGAGGUUUUACUUGCACCCUGGAGGCCUUCAAGGAUCAAUUUUCGAUCAGAAAUAUGUGGAACUGAUCAUACUGAAUAUGUCAUAGAACAUUGAUAUAGUUUGUGUCGUCGUUAAAAGUCUAUUUUGUAUAUAUUUCUUACUCUAUUCUCAAUUUCACAAUUGAUGAUUCUAUACAAUUGCAAAAUAUAACUGUAAUAGCAUUUUCA